GCGGCGCCUCUCCUCUCCGGCGGCUCAGUGCUCCCUCACCGCCUCUCCCUCCCAGCCACAGCCACGAGCCCGGCGCCGCCGCGCAGCGCCUCGGCCCCACUCGGCGGGAAGAACCGCCCGCUCUCCGGAGGUACAACAGAAUUCAUAAACGUAAAGAAUUUUUAAAGACGAAAAUUAAAGACAAAAAGAGAAGGAAAAUGCCGAAACCGAUCAAUGUAAGAGUAACUACAAUGGAUGCUGAGCUGGAAUUUGCCAUUCAGCCCAAUACAACUGGCAAACAGCUUUUUGAUCAGGUGGUGAAAACAGUUGGUUUGCGUGAGGUUUGGUUUUUUGGGCUGCAGUAUGUGGACAGCAAGGGAUAUUCUACAUGGCUUAAACUAAAUAAAAAGGUGACACAGCAAGAUGUUAAAAAAGAGAAUCCUUUGCAGUUCAAAUUUAGAGCUAAGUUCUUUCCUGAAGAUGUUUCUGAGGAACUGAUUCAAGAAAUAACGCAGAGACUUUUCUUCUUGCAAGUUAAAGAAGCUAUCUUAAAUGAUGAGAUAUAUUGUCCCCCAGAAACGGCAGUUCUUUUGGCUUCCUAUGCUGUCCAGGCCAAGUACGGAGAUUAUAAUAAAGAGAUUCAUAAACCAGGCUACCUGGCUAAUGAUAGGCUCCUACCCCAACGUGUUUUGGAACAACACAAAUUGACAAAAGAACAGUGGGAAGAAAGGAUACAGAACUGGCAUGAAGAACAUAGAGGAAUGCUGAGGGAAGAUUCUAUGAUGGAAUACCUGAAGAUUGCACAAGAUCUAGAAAUGUAUGGAGUCAACUAUUUUGAAAUAAAAAAUAAAAAGGGAACUGAAUUGUGGCUAGGCGUUGAUGCUUUGGGUCUGAAUAUUUAUGAACAUGAUGAUAAGUUAACACCUAAAAUUGGUUUUCCUUGGAGUGAAAUCAGAAAUAUUUCAUUUAAUGACAAAAAAUUUGUUAUAAAGCCAAUCGACAAAAAGGCACCUGAUUUUGUUUUUUAUGCACCUCGCCUGAGAAUCAAUAAGCGGAUCUUGGCAUUAUGCAUGGGAAACCAUGAACUGUACAUGCGAAGAAGGAAGCCUGACACCAUUGAAGUGCAACAGAUGAAGGCUCAGGCGAGGGAGGAGAAACAUCAGAAGCAGCUGGAAAGGGCACAACUAGAGAAUGAAAAGAAGAAAAGAGAAAUAGCAGAAAAGGAAAAGGAAAGAAUAGAGCGUGAAAAGGAAGAGCUAAUGGAACGUCUGAGGCAAAUUGAAGAACAGACAAUGAAAGCCCAGAAAGAACUGGAAGAACAGACUCGAAAAGCUCUAGAAUUGGACCAGGAACGAAAACGAGCAAAAGAAGAAGCAGAAAGACUUGAAAAGGAGCGUCGAGCUGCUGAAGAGGCCAAGUCUGCUAUAGCAAAACAAGCUGCAGACCAGAUGAAGAAUCAGGAGCAGCUGGCAGCAGAACUUGCUGAAUUCACUGCCAAGAUUGCCCUUCUUGAGGAAGCCAAGAAGAAAAAGGAAGAGGAAGCUACUGAGUGGCAACACAAAGCUUUUGCAGCCCAGGAAGACUUGGAAAAGACCAAAGAAGAAUUAAAGACCGUGAUGUCUGCCCCACCUCCACCUCCGCCACCACCAGUCGUUCCUCCGACCGAAAAUGAACACGAUGAACAUGAUGAGAAUAAUGCUGAGGCUAGUGCUGAAUUAUCAAACGAUGGGGUAAUGAACCACAGAAGUGAGGAGGAACGUGUAACUGAAACACAGAAAAAUGAGCGUGUUAAAAAGCAACUCCAGGCAUUAAGUUCAGAAUUAGCCCAAGCCAGAGAUGAAACCAAGAAAACGCAAAACGAUGUUCUUCAUGCUGAGAACGUUAAAGCAGGCCGCGAUAAGUACAAGACUCUGCGACAGAUCCGACAAGGCAACACAAAGCAGCGUAUUGAUGAGUUUGAAGCAAUGUGAGAGCUGUUAUUUUGCAUACAUGUUCUUCAUAAGCUGAACCACCAACAGAGAAAAGCAGGCCUUUGCAGAUGUGAUGGAAUGCCUCCCACCUUGCCAAAGCACUUGUACCAGUCUGACUGUGGUGGCUAAAAGACACAGGGGAGCUCGUCAGCAUUAAGGCAGUGUAAUACCAUCCUUGGUUUUCUUUUUCUUUUGGGCCAGGGAAUGGAGAACAGUGUUCCAUCACCUCCUUUUUCACGUUUUUCAUUUUCCUUUUUUUUCUGUUGUUACAGAUUAACACUAAUUAUCAUGUUUGACAAAUGUGUAUGUAUGAUUUAAGCACUUUGUACAUUUUAAAGGAUGAUGUGACUUAAUGAG